ACACGUCUCGCUCGUCCUUACAGACCGGAAUGCAAUGACCUUCGGUGCUAAAAAUGAAUCCCCAAAAAGCAUGUGUCAGUGGUGUUAAUUGCACUACACCACCCCCAAAAAUUGUGCAACCUUCCAUCGUGUGCUUUUGCUCUACUGCACACUGCACAUUAUACCAAAAACCAUCAGGUAUAUUUUCGGCACUAACGUAUCACUUGGGAGGUGAACCCGCAUGGAUACACAAGUGCUGAAUCGAUUCUUUCAACUAGUGUGGUGAUGGCCGUUUGGAAAAUUGUCGAAAUGAACAGCAGUCGGAAGCGCACUUCAAUCUACCAGGAAACCCCCCAGCGCUUCUCCGAGUCCCUCAUAGCGGAACUGGGCCAUGGGCGUCACACGCGCUACAAGGACGUCUCCAAAGAUCUCAACAACCUGAUCAACAAGGAAGAGGAGGACACCCCGAUCGCGACUCCUCCGUUCAACAAGGAUCGCCUCAAGCUCAUCGUUCAACGAAUCAUCCGUCAGCAGUUUAUCCUGAAGGACGAGGACGGUGAUCCGAUUAAGUGGGUGUACGAUCCGAACAAGAAUCUGGAAAUGUGUCAGAAGAUUGCAAAAGCGGUGCAGGAUAAGGUGCGAUCGUACAACUACGCCCGCUACCGCAUCGUUAGCUUGUGCUCGAUUGUGGAGAAAGAUGGGCAGGGGAUUUGCUACAAGAUGAAGUACAUCAUCGAUCCGUACCUGGAUAAUUACAUUCAGUAUGUGCACGAUAUGGCUAGAUUUUGGAUUAUUUCGACGCUGAUACUGGUGCAUAAGGAUUGAAUCCAGUGCUGAAGUGAAAUAUGAGUAGCAUUCCUUGUAAAAAAGAAGCUAUAUGAUGAUUAUGUAAUUUGCAAAAAGAAACUUAGUUAGUAUGUAUCGCAAAUGUUUUUAAUUUAAAUAAAAAAAAAUGUAGCAAUUGGUAGUAGUCAGGCAA